CCAACGCCACCGCCACACACAGCCUGCGUUUUGUCCGCACUUCUUCUUCCAUGAGCGCGCUCCCGUUUCGCUCCGGAUCUCAGCGCGUCCUCCCAUGAAACCCGAGCAUGUCAGGAAAACACUACAAGGCUCAUGAAGUCAGCUGCUGCAUAAAAUACUUUAUAUUCGGAUUCAAUAUCAUAUUUUGGCUACUUGGUGUGGCCUUCCUGGGGAUUGGGCUCUGGGCAUGGAGCGAGAAGGGUGUUCUCUCCAACAUCUCCUCCAUCACAGACCUCGGGGGCUUCGACCCGGUCUGGCUCUUCCUGGUGGUCGGAGGGGUGAUGUUCGUCCUGGGCUUCGCUGGCUGCAUCGGAGCGCUGCGGGAGAACACUUUCCUGCUCAAGUUCUUCUCUGUCUUCCUGGGGAUCAUCUUCUUCUUGGAGUUGACAGCUGGGGUCCUGGCUUUCGUCUUCAAGGACUGGAUCAAGGACCAGCUCAACUUCUUCAUCAACAACAACAUCCGAGCGUACCGGGACGACAUCGACCUGCAGAACCUUAUCGACUUCACCCAGGAAUACUGGGAGUGCUGCGGGGCCUUCGGGGCCGACGACUGGAAUCUUAAUAUCUACUUCAACUGCACCGACUCGAACCCGAGCCGGGAGAAGUGCGGGGUGCCUUUCUCCUGCUGCACCAAGGAUCCCGCGGAGGACGUCAUCAACACCCAGUGUGGCUACGAUAUUCGAGGCAAAGCGGACUCGGAGCAGAACACGUUCAUCUACGUGAAGGGCUGCGUGCCCCAGUUUGAGAAGUGGCUUCAGGACAACUUGACCGUGGUGGCUGGGAUCUUCAUCGGCAUCGCUCUGCUGCAGAUUUUCGGGAUAUGCUUGGCGCAGAACCUCGUAAGCGACAUCGAAGCCGUGAGGGAGAGCUGCUUGUUCACCUGAGACUUUGGCCACACCCCCUUCCACGCCCGCACAGGGUCUUGUCGCACGCAACAUCGUCAUCAUCAUCUUCUUCUUCUUCUUCGUCCCCACCGAGGGAGGGAUGAGAAAGUCCCCGAUCACCGGCACCCAAGAAGCGUACGAACAGAAGCCUAUCUGUACUAUGUCUUUUGAACAGUAUGUGUAAAUACGUAUAAAUAUAUUCAUACUUUUGUAGGGUAUACAAGAGUUUUUUUUUUUUUUUUUUUUAAAGACACGCAGCUGUGCCAGACGCUGUCAAAAGCAGCCCUGUACACACACCGCAUGCCUCACGAGGCGGCGUCGUUCCCCUUUCCUCCCCGGUGUUGCACAGUGUAAACCGCACACAGAAGGGUACCGCGUUACAGACUGUACCGCACGUUAGGACACGACGUGAUUUGUAACGCUCAGCUUCCCUCUCCCCGGAUUCCCUGUAGAACUUGUUUCUGAGUACACUGGCUCCUCGUAUUGCAGAUUGGCGAGUUCCGAAUUUCCAGAUACGUUUCUCGGUUUAUCCGUUUUUAAUUGCCUUUUCUUCACUGCUCUUCUUUUCUGAAGUUGCUGUUAUUCUGCGGCACUAAAGCGCCCUGUAUUGACACUUUGAACCAAUCGGUGUCAGUAAAAUGCACCCAAACGCAAUAUAAGUGUGGGACCGAAUUCAUUCCACAUGUUUUCACAGUGUUUACAGCUCCUGUCUGGUAUUAUUGUGUAUUGGUGAUCAGUAACACGAUGACGAAUAUUGCAUCUGAAUUGGUUACGUAUUGGCAUUAAACAAGAGUUUGUACAGUAAACAUUUUUUUUCCUAGCAGUUAUUUUAAAUUUGUUUUUAAUAUAGCUCAAAGCUGAUGACAAUAUUAAGGAAAAUAGUAUUACAAAGUAUUUAUUAUAGCAAUAUGAGAGACUUUUACGAAGCUAACUCAUAAAUAUAUGGGAUUAUUGUUAAACUUUUAUUGAUUGUGAUUUGGUGGUAAAUGUAGUGUUGAAUAUACAAACUAAUGGAGUUAUGAACAGAGCUCUGUUCCAUAACGUCUUCAUUAGAUGAGGGAGGAGCCAGUGUACCUUGAAGGCUAGGGUAUGUUUUGUGCAGUAUAUCAUGCCAAAGGGGCACCGUUUUGUUUUCUAAUAAUUUAAUUAUUAUGGUGUUAGAUAAUAACCUGGACUUGUCUCAUGGAAAAAAAAAAAAUAACCGUGUCGAGAUUGUAAAAGACACAAAUGUGGUGUUCCAGGGAUGGUUUGGUUUGAAUGGGUUAUGUUGUGUUAUGUUUAUUGGUUGUUCCAAAACUGUUUACUUCCAUAUGUGUCCUUUUCAACGAGGUGAUCUUUGUUUUAUUUUCUGGGUCCAUGUCCCGAAUUAUUCUUAUGAACUUAAGUAUCACAGGAAGUUGGCUCAAGUAACACAACCCUUUUUCGUGUCGUCAUCUCAACAAAAUCGUUUUAUACAUUUUUAAAAAUUUUUGCAGCCUUGAAAUCGUGAAUUGGGAUGGAUAUUUUUUCACUGGACGUGUUAACGUUGCUCCUCUGAAUGUCCCACUCGGCUUUGGAGGAUGGUUGGCUGACGGCCGCAGGCUGAAUGUGAGCUCAGUGCAAUACCUGUGCCGUUCACAGAGGCGGGCAGAUGUUGAGUACAUCAGUGUGUCCACAAAUAAAGGUAAAAAAAGGCCUCAAAAUUA